CGCUGCCCGAAACCCAACUCUCCGUUUUGCGGUUCAAAUUCGAGUCAUGUCGGAUCCGUUUCUACGUUUCAUACUGUUGUUUUCCCGUUAUUCGUAUCUGUUUGCUGUUUGGAGACUGUAAUCUUGCGUCUAAUCUUAGGGCGCGUUUUGAUGCACUAUCGAAUUGUAUUUCAAUUGCUAGCCCGAUAAAGUUGAAAUAAACAAUUCGUGAUUUUCUUUGGGGUCGGUGCGCACACUCCCAAAAUCCGGAAACGGCCGGUGCGAAACUUACCGUGCACUUCAAAAUGGACUUUUGGAAGUUCCAACUUCGAAAUGCUUCUAGAUUCCCGCCAACCAUCUUCAAAUGGCUGGAGUUAAUGGCCUGGUCCAGAUCUCGGUGAUCAUCGUACCUUCCAAAGACGUGCCCUGCAUGGGCCUUCUCCUUCGAAGCAGCGGCCCGGCUCUCAUUCUUUCCGCCUUCCAUCGUUUUCAUGUCCGCUGGCUGCUCGGCAAAAAUCCCAUUCGAGAACACCAUCUUAGGACUACAUACAUCCAAGAUCACAUACUACGCAUGGUCCACACAAAUGCAUCAACGGCUGAGAUCGCGAUCCGCGACUUGUUGAGGAGAGACGGCAAUUGGGAUAGUUUGAGCGCCGAUCUAGAUUCUGUCGAGUUAACCGAUUCGCUCAUCGAUGAAGUUCUGCUCGAAUUAACGGACCCAAUCGACGCGAAGCGGGCUCUCAGUUUCUUCCACUGGUCAGCCCGCCAGAAGAAUUCUGGACAUGGAGUCCGAUCUUACUGUAUAAUGGUUCAAAUCCUCGUUCAAGCCCGGAUGCUUGAACAUGCCCGAGCAUUGAUGGAAUCAGUUAUCAGAAAGAAUGCCGAUGCUGGUUCUUCGAAAUUCAUGGUCGUAGAUUCGCUUCUAAGCACGUAUACAAGCACUCAAUCAGGCCCUUUUUUGUUUGAUUUCUUGAUACAGACAUACGCGAAAUUGAGGAUGUUCGAUAUGGCGUUCGAUGUUUGUCGGUACUUGGAAGAGCAUGGAUUCUCUUCUAGUCUUAUCAGUUUCAAUACUCUGAUCCAUGUCGUCCAAAAAUCCGAUAGGAAUUCGUUCGUCUGGAAGAUAUACGAGUAUAUGAUUGAAAGGAGAACGUACCCAAAUGCAAUUACAGUCCAAACCAUGAUAAGCUCAUUGUGCAAGGAGGGGACUUUGAAGAAAUUCGUAGAUAUUCUGGAUAGAAUUCACGGGAAGAGAUGCGCUCCUGCAGUCAUCGUUAAUACAUCGCUGGUUUAUAGGAUCUUCGAAGAUGAGAGAAUCGAAGAAGGGAUUAUGUUGUUGAAGCGGAUAUUGCAGAAGAACAUGAUUCUCGACGACAUCGCUUAUUCUCUGAUUGUUCAUGGUCAUUGCAGGACAGGGAAUUUUGAGUCGGCCCGUGAGUCAUAUGAUGAUAUGCUUAAGAGAGGGUACCAUGCGAAUUCAUUCCUUUACACUUUGUUUAUCGGUUUACACUGUAAGGAGGGGAAGAUCGAGGAAGCGAAGAGGUUGAUGGAAGAAAUGCUGCUUGAUGGCUUGAAACCGUACGAUGAGACGUAUGAUUUUCUGAUAGUGGGGUGCUCCAAAACAGGGAGAUUAGAUGAUGGCUUGAUCUUUUUUGACAAAAUGCUUGGUGGAGGAUUUUUGCCUAGUUACCUUGCUUGCAAUGAGAUGAUGAAUAAGCUCUGUGAAGUGGGCCAUGUAGAGAAGGCCAAUAGCAUCUUGACCGUUCUUUUGGAUAAAGGAUUCCUCCCCAAUGAAGCAACAUACUCUCAUCUCAUUGAUGGAUAUGGGAAAGAAGGCAAUGCUCAGGAAGUUAUCAAGUUGUAUCAUGAAAUGGAAUUCAAGGGACCCACUCCAGGAGUGAUGGCUUAUACAUCAUUAAUCAGAAGCAUGUGCCAUUGUGGGAAAGUGAAGGAAGCAGAGAAAUUUUUAACUGCUAUGGAAGAUCGAUCAUUGACGCCAUCCAUGCACAUUUACGAUUGGUUGAUUACGAGCCAUUGUGAAAAUGGGAAUGUAGGAAGAGCUGUUUCCCUUUAUAAUGAGAUGAUCAAGGGAGAAUUGAAGCCUGAUGCUCAUAUUCUUGCAGUGUUGGCUGAGCGAAUCAAUGAUGCAGUCGGUAUUUGCAAACAAGGAGUUAGAAUUAGAUAGCUCAAGGAGCCGAUGAUUGUGAUUGUGUUAUUUGAGUUUUUAAUGAAAAGAUAGGAUUAGAUAUAGCUUAAAGAGCUGAUGACCUAUCCAAGAGGUGGCCAUUGUAAUGGAUGGCCUGGAUCAAUGCUCGAUGGGCACAUUCAUUGAUGAGUGAAGGUUAACAAAACCCUUCCAUUAUCUAUGAAUGAACCUUUUUUUUUUUUCUAUUGUAAUAUGCAAGCAUGGAGAUAUAUAGAAUAUCUUUCAUUGUGUAUUUAACCAUGAUCUUCUGAUAGAUAGUGAAAUCCAUAGGAGACUAUCUUCAUUCUUCAGUUCUACAUUAGAGGCUAUCAGUAGACACCCAUACAUGGAAGAGGAGAAAGGUGGGGUGCCUUGGAAGAGUGUUUAUUUUGCAUUUGCAAGUUGUGAGUGAUAAACAUUUUUUUUUCUUCUUGAUAUGAUUAGAAGACGAAGUUGGAAUCUAUGCAAAUCGGCCCACCAAAAUAGAAUCUAUGCAGUGUUCUUCAUUGUUUUGAGUCAGAAAUGCUCUUAGUUGAGUUCUUACUCAGUGAACAACUUUCAAACAUGCUUUGCAUGGCCCAUCUCUCACUGUGACACGUUAACAAUCAAAUCCCAAGACAUCGGGUUGCCAGAGAUAUUCCUCGUGAUUAGGUCACUAGGCGAUUCACUUCCAAAUUCCAAUACCUAUGUACUACAUAGUAUGCUCUCAGGAAAAGGGUUGGACCGGGCCGGGUUAUUUAUCAUUGGCCUUGGCCUAGCCCACCACGAACCCUCGAGCAAAAUUUAUUGGGCCAAGCCCUGGUCCUUCAGGGCCAGAUCACCUGGGCUGGGUUGGGCAGACUAGCUCCUCACACAAACCUAUAGUUCAUGUCCCAUACCCAUUGUUCCCUAUAGUGUGUUCCACCUGUGCUAUGAAUCCUGCUGUUUUUGUCCUCGGGGCCUAGCAUUGAGGGGGAACACCUGGUGGAUGGAGUGGACGUCCCACAGACAACAUGAUGGGCCCACAUAGCUUUAUUGUUGUAUGCUCUGCAUAAAAUAGGCGUUACAAAUGAUUUUGGUCUGCUUCAUUAUGUGUUUGGAGACUACCAUCUUGCUUCUAUACUUGGGGUGUGUGUGGAUUCUCUAACCAAUUGAAUUGUAAUUAGUGUAAAAAGCCAAACGGCAAUUCUCUUGGGGCAUGUUUGGUUGCCACUUGAAAAUGGAUUCAACUCAUUUGUGUUAACAACAAUUACGUAUUAGGGAGAAUAGUUUAUAUAAAUUGCUGGUUACAUUUUUAACCCCUACCCAAAAAUUAAUCUCUAAAUACAUAAUUAUGAUUAAAACUAGGGGCAUGUCACGUAAUGCAGUUAAGAGAGCAGGGGAGAGAAAAUGGAGAGAGACUUUUGAAAGAGGUCUGCCCGAAUACAUCCCGUGUUGGAGUUGUGCCCUUGGAAUCCAAUGUGAAUUUUAUCCAUUGAUGGCAUGGAUGAUAUCCAAUGAUAUUGAUGAUCUUGACUUUAGAUCAUGAUGACUGUGGGUCAUAGAUGGACAUAUGAUUUUGCCAUAUUUUUUAUGUAAACAUUGGUUUAAAGAGUGGGAUUCCUUUGGUUGUCCUUGUGCACUUGGAAGUGCACACAAUGGUCACUGACCAAGGGAGAGUUGUGGGUCAUGGAUCUUAGUACCUUGUUAUACCACGGCCACCUAGUAGGUAGUAGGACGAACCUGUGGUUGUUACUUUAUAAGUGGUCAUCCUAUGUGAGGGGAUAAUGACGAGACAUAAUCUCUAAAUAAAGACCAGGAUGCUUUCAUGCCACCAUACUUAUUGAUUAUUGAUUGGAAGGUAAUGAAUUCUCAAUCUAAUAUUUGAACUAAUGUUUUCUUUCUCUCAAAGUUAGAUGGACCAUUACGUGUUUGCAGUUAAAGGUGUGGGUUUCUUUUUGUUUUCCGUUUUUUUUUUUUGUUUUUUUUCCAAUAAUAGUUUCAGAUGGUUUGCAAGAAACUGCAAAAUUUUAGGUUAAUGUCGCCUUUAUCACUCACAGUGGUAAGUGGUUGCUUUUAAUGAGCAUGACUACUAAAAUAGUUGGUGUUUUUUAUAUGAUCUAGCAUUUUUUUAUGAAUGUAACUCAAAAUUUUAAACAAAGAUGCAAAAAGGAUGAUGAGGAAACAUCCAGCUAAUGUAAAGAAGAAAGAUCCCCUAGCUACCCUAAAAUAACUCCACAGGGCUACAGUUAGAUCCAUUUGUAGCUCUGGCCCAUUCCUCAACUAGCCAUCUAGCCAUGUGGAACACCUGCUCUGGAGACAUGACUUGUCCUUAAAAAGUCCUGUUGUUGCAUUCUAGCCAUGUUGCCCAUAGAAUGGCAAUUACUUCUUCCUUGCCGACCAAGCAAAAUGCCACAUAACCAUAGCUAAAUGACCCCCCACUUCUUGAGGCAUCAAACAAUGUGAGAGUUUCUCCCACAUCCCCUGGUAAAUUCAUAGUUUAUGAAAAGAUGGUCCAUUGUUUCCUCAUCAUGCAAGCACAAGACAAAUCUGUUAAGAAAGUUCACAAAAAAGAAAAAGGAAAAAGAAAAAAAAAAAAAAAACAAAGAAAAAGAAAAAGAAAGAAAAGAAAAAAGAA